AUGGAUUUAUUUUUUCUUUAUAUUAUCACAUUUUUCGAGUUAUUAUAUUUAUUGAGCGGAAUUACAAGUUGUAUAAAUUGGGGUAGCGAAGAUAAAAAGGGGUAUCAAAAUAAAAUAUUGUUUAUUAGGAAUUAUAAAGAAAGAUAUAAAAGAUGCAAUAAAAAUAAUAAUUUACAAAAAUAUUAUAUUCAACAAAAAGUAUCGAAAAUAAACUCCAAAUUAGUAAGCUCUUUUGAAUCACCUAUUGUUGGAAUAAACUUGGGAAAUAUAUUAAAAAAUAAAAAUAAAAAUAAAUAUUUAUUUUUUUCACAAAAUAAUAUUUUAAAUCUAAGUGGUUCAAAAAGUGAAUUAAAAAUUUCAUUCAAAUUGCAAAAAGAAUUAAUUCUAAGACGAAAUAAAAAUUUAAUAAAUAUUUUAUUAUGUCUUCAUUAUGUUCCUACAAUUUCUAAUGAAUAUUUAAAAAAAAGUUUAAAUAAUUUUCAUCUUUCAGAUUUAAACAUAAAGGAAAAUAUUUUAUAUCAUUUAACAUUGAAGUGUUUAUAUGGCUUUGAAAAAAAUAAAAAUAUUUUAGAAACAAUUCAUAAAAAUAAUUAUAAAUUUAUUUUACAACAUUCUAAGAUAUUGAAAAAGAUAACAAAACAUGUUCAAAUUUCUGAAGAAAAAAAUUGUUUACAAUCUUCUAAAAGAUUUGAUAAAUUAAAAAAUAAUUUAAUUAGAACACAUAGAAACAAUUCAUGGGUUGAAAAUAAAGUCAUAGAUGUGUAUUUAAAAAUUCGAAAAAAAAUAAAUAUAAUUUUUAUUAACACAAAAAAAAAAAAAUAUAUAUUUCAAACAUACAAAAAAAUAAUAGGUAAUAUUAAAUAUUAUGAUGUAUAUGACAAAUUAAUCAUUUUAAAUUAUUUAUACAAAAAUAAAAAAUAUAGAGAAUGUUUUUUAUUUUUUAAAAAAUAUAUAUAUAAUAGUAUAUUUGAACAUAAUACCCAACAAAAAUCAAAAUAUUUUAUUAUAAAUUUUAUUAACAUAUUAAAUCAUAAUAAUAUAUUAAAUAUAUAUUUGAUGCGAAUACAUAAUUCAUACAAUUUUCUCUUAAGAUCUAUUUUAUUGUCUAAAAUUCAAGAUAAACAUAAAUUGAAUUUUUUACAAAUUAAUGUCGAUAAUUUUAUUCAAAAAAAUUUAAAAGAUACUCUUUAUUUGGGAAUUAAACAAGACACAGAUGUAGACAAAAUUCAAAAUGGCAAUUCUAAUAAUAGUAACACAAAUUUAACUUAUUUAUUUUAUACAAAUCUUUUAAAUAUAUUUUUAAAAAAAAAAAACUAUUAUUUUUCUGGUCUUUUUUUAAAACAAUUUUAUUCUCACUAUAUGGAUAAUAUUUAUGACCAUAAAAUAGCCAAUGACGAAAAGUUUUUUUUUUUUUUAAUAACUUUAGCAUUUUCUUUGAAAAUAUUUUAUUUAAAAAAAAAGGGAAAUAUAACAACGCAUGCCAGUGGCAUAUUCGGGGAAUGCAAAGAAAAUGCGAAAAAUGGUGGAAAUACACAAAAUGGUGGAAAUACACAAAAUGGUGGAAAUACACAAAAUGGUGGAAAUACACAAAGUAAACAGUUUGAAGCCUUGGACAUAUUCUCUCAUAUACCCUCACAUAAUUUUAACCACGUAAACAUAUUUGGUGAAGAUUUGUUUAGUUCCGAAACAACUAAUUUGGCUGCACCAUUUGAAGUUGUUAAUAAAAUUAUAAAUUUAAAUAAAUUAGAUGAAGAAGAAAUUGAUACAUAUAAACAUUUCUAUAUUUUACUUUUGUGGCAAUAUGUAUAUUUAUUACGACCUAAUUUGAAAAAUAUAAAUUUUGAAAAUGUGCAUUAUUUUAAUAUUAAUAAAGAAGAACCAAAUCAAGAUAACUUAUCAAUUUUGAAGGAAAAAAAAAAAGAUAAUCUUUUUUCAAAAAUAAUUAAAGGAUAUAAAAAAAUUUUAAAUAAAAAAAUUUCUACACACCCUAACGAAGAAAUUUUGAUAUACAAUCAAGCAUUCGAAGAGUUGAACUUUUUUAUAGAAAAUUAUUUAACUGACAUAAUUAAUAAAAAUAUAAAUAAUAAAAAUGAAGAAAAAUAUAUCUUACCUGAUAUUUUGUCAAAUUUAAUGGAUAUAUUAUCUAUGCACAAAAUAAACAUAUCAUUUUUUUUUUCAGUCUUAUAUUUUCUUGACUUAAACAAUAAAAAAUUAAUAAAAAUUAUUUUAAAAAAAAAACUUUUUAAAAAUAUAAAUAAAAAUAUUACAAAAAUAAUAACAAAACGAUUUCGCAAAGAAAUACAAAUAAACAAAAAAAAUGAACAAACCCCAUUCCUUUAUGAAUAUAUAUUAUCAGAAUAUAAAGAAAUAUAUGAUACAUAUAAAAAUAUUACUAACUAUAGUACCAAAAAAGAUAUAAAAAAAUUAAUAAAAAAAAUAACUGGAAAAAAUGAAAGGAAACAUCAUCAUUUUAAAAUAUUCAAAAAACCUAUAUUCGCCUUAAAUUUGAAACAACUAUUUUUUAUUUUUUAUUCUUUAAGUCAUUUUAAAAUGGAUAAAGAAAUUAUUUCUUUAUUUCGACAUGCAAUCAAAAAUAAAUAUUUAAAAAAAAAAAAUUUUAUACACAUUUUUAAAGACAAAAACGAAGAAAAACAAAAUCACACAAAUAAUAAUAUAGAGGAAAAUAUUAAUUUGUACAAAAAAAUAUUUUUUAUAUAUCAUAAUUCUAUCUUAAGUUUGGAUAAUUCAUUUUAUAAUCCAAGAUCAAAUAAAUGGGGUUCAAACUAUUCAAAAUAUUUUUUUUAUUAUUCUAAUAACCCAUUACACAUUUAUAAAUACGUAGGUAAUAAAUAUGAAGAGAAGUUAAAAAAAAAAGAAAUGUAUAAUCUCGUUAGACAAAAUAAAAAUUGUAGAGAAUAUGAUAAUAAAAUUGAAGACGAAUUGGAGAAAAUAGAAAAUAUCGAAUUUUUUGGAAUAAAAAAUAUUGAGAGAAUUAAAAAAAGCAAAAUUUUUAAGAAAUUCUUUAUUAAUAAAAUAUAUAAUUUUAUAAAUAAAAAUGAUUAUACAUUAAUUUUAAAUGGGCUUAUGAAAUAUUUACUUAAAAAUGUAACAACACUAAGAGCUAGCCAAAUAGAAAAAAAAUGUGAAACUAGCGAAAAAAAAAAAAAAAAAUUAUGGACAAAAUAUAUAUAUUUAUAUUUUUACCUGACUUGGCAAUGUUAUUUAAAAACACACAAAAUGUCAAAUAUAAUUUUUUUGAUUUUAUUAAAAACUAGUUUAUUAAUGAAUGAUAUAAAUAAUUUUAAUAAUCUUCUUUUAUUAAAUAAGAAAUUAGCACAUACAAAUUAUAUGUGUAUUAAUUCUAUGAUAAAUAAUGACUCAAAUUUUUUAUUAUUAAAUUUAAAGAAAAAAUAUAUUUCAAGUUUUAAAAUACCAAUUGAUAUGUAUAUUAUUCAUAAUAAAAAACUUAUUAUUUAUAAUUUAAAUUAUUUUCAAGUUACAAAAAUAAUUAAUAAUUUUAUUAAUGUGGAAACACAAAUUAUAUUUUUUAUUGAUUGUAGACAAACCUUUAUUAAUUUAAUAAAUUUAGACAAUUUUUUCAAUCUAUCUUUUUUCAAAAAUAAUAAAUUUAUCCAUUUUCUCAAUCAUCAUAAUUUAAUAUUAAAUGAAAAUAAUUUUUUUAAAAAAUCAAAAUUUGUCUUAUUUUUUGGAAAUUGUAUUAACAAAAAAACAAAAAUUAUCAAAUAUUUUUCAAGCCAUUAUAAAAAUUAUAAUAUUCAAAAAAACAAAAGUAUAAAGGAUGCUCUUAUCAUAUCUGUCUAUGAUUAA